AUGUCUUCCUCCUCCUGGUCAACCAAUGAGUCUGGCGACGAGGGUCAGGGGUAUGCUGAUGGCGUAGCAGCGUCGUCGUCAUCGUCCGGAUCUUCAUCCACCAGCCCCUCCGGUUCUCCUGAUCGGCGAGGGGUUGUUUAUGAAGAUGUAGAGUUUAACGUAGAUAAUUCUCGAGUAUGGACUUCGCUUAUCCCUCCUCCUGCGGUGCAGAGGUACGACUGGGCUCCUCAUGAGGUUCGAAACUAUCUUCCCUACUAUAAUACCACCAAGUCUAUAAGACAUCUAUUAGAAUGGGUAGAUUUACUAGCCGACCUUAGAGACGCCGAUCAAUAUUCUCUGGUUGUGUGUCGUUCGAAUGAGAGGGCCUGUCACGAUUUCUUUGGCGGUAUGGAGCAACAUCAAUCUUUUGCACGCAUAAUGGCCAUUAAAAAUAGACUGGGAAUUGCUGGGGAAGGAACAUCGUCUCCCGCCAAGCAAACCGGAUUUUCGAGUAACACCCCUGUUCAUUUGGUGAACCCAGCUUUGAAGAUUGUUGACACCCCAACUCCUGCUGCUGACACAAAGCCCAUCAAUCCCGAAGCUGUUAAGGUCAAAGCUAAGAGGAAGCCCUCCCAAGAGAAAACUCCCUCUCCUCCAAAGAAACGAAGAAUCCACGCCCCCCUGCUUACUGGGCCUCUAGACCCGAACGUUCAUGUAGCCGAACGUUUACAAUUCAAUCUCAACGUUGAGGAGAAAAAACCCUUCAAAGUAAUGUCCCUCAGCGAGUCUUUGAACAUGGCCUAUGAACUUAUAGCUCGGGCUAGUGUUUGUAUGAACUAUUUCGCAGGGACGACAAAGCCUUUGUUGGUUGCCGAACUAGAGACAACCCGCAAGGAUUUGGAGGAAGUAAAAAAGGAAAAUACUACACUUUCUUCCUGCCUCAAAGAGGUUACGAAAGCUGUAGAGGAUGAUCGAGUGAAGGCUGCAAACUCCCUCAAAGAGGCUCAGGAUGAAAUUACUCAUCUCAAGCAGUCCACCGACAACUUGAGGCUAGAUCUGCAAAAAGCUUCUUCUAAAAAUAAGAAACUGAUCAAGGAGAGAGACGCUGCUAUAGCCAAUCGGGAUAAAAUGGCAACCGAAAAUGUAACACUAGGGGAUGAAUUAUGCGAGGAACGUCAGUGUGGAUUCGAUCAAGGGGUCGCCCAGUGUCACUACUUCUUUAACACUCCCUUGGAACAUGAAGGAUUUGACAUUAUGAAGGUGUAUGUGGACGGCCAGCUCGUUAAGCUCUCAGUUCCCGAGGCUGAUACAGAUUCCGCCGCUGUCAUCAAGACCAUUCCUUUGGUCCACCCGAUCGUCACAGGAGAAGUCGUCGACAUUUCUUCCACAGAGAAAAACCCUAAGGCUUCAAACCCUUCCUUCUUUCUCCGCUCUUCCGAACUUCUCCAACUUCUCUUUUUGCUGUGCCGAACGAUUGUGACCUGCAAAUUAGCACACCAACGCUCAAGUCAGCAGAGUCACAGCCAAUAUAAUGUUAAAGAAAGUUGCAUUUGGUGGAACAAAUUGAUGGACUGCUUUGUGGAUUUUGCAUCUUCUGUUUCAAGAGAUUUAGUGUGUGGGGCUUUAAAUCAAUUGCGUUAUCUUUACUCCUUUAACAAUUUUGUCAAAAAGCUUGAGCAAGGAGAGGACGAUUUGAUUGUAACAAGAGAUGAUGUCCAAAAAUCUGUUGAAGAUGCCAAGAGAAAAACUAGAGAGACUAGUGGAGUUGUUGUCAAGUGGCUGAAAGAUGCUAUGAGUGACAUAGGUAAAGUGAAUCAGUUGCUAGAAGAGGCAAGAACAAAAAAAAUGUGUUGCUUUGGGUAUUGUCCAAAUUGGAUUUGGCGAUAUCGUAUAGGAAAAAAACUAGCAUAUAAAUUUUUUGACCUUGAAAAGUUCAUUGAUCAGGGUAAAAAAUAUGUGUCAUUUAACCGCAUCCCUGCGCUACCUUCAGGAACCCUUCACAUUCUUUCAGAAAAAUCCAUGAAUUUUGAGAGUAGACAAUCUGCAUACGAGCAACUACUAGAUGCAGUGAAAAGUAAUGAUGUUUCCAUGAUUGGGUUGUAUGGAAUGGGGGGUUGUGGUAAAACCACAUUAGCAAUGGAGGUUAUGAAAUUAGUAGAAGCAGACCAUCUUUUUGAAAAAGUUCUUUUUGUACCUGUUUCUAGUACAGUGGAUGUUCGGAAGAUUCAAGAAAAAAUAGCAAGUUCAUUGCAAUUUAAAUUCCGAGAAACUGAAGAAAUGCAGAGAGCCCAAAGAUUGUGCUUGAGAUUAAUUCUAGAGAAAAAUAUUUUUAUAAUUCUAGAUGAUGUGUGGGAGAAGCUUGACUUUGGUCGUAUUGGGAUUCCUUCUUCUGAACACCAUAAAGGAUGCAAGAUUCUCAUUACCAGUAGAUCAGAAGCAGUUUGUACCUCAAUGGAUUGUCGAAGAAAAUUUUACUUGCCAAUUUUAACCGAUGAAGAAGCAUGGACUCUUUUCCAAAAUAAAGCACUUAUAACAGAAGCCACCUCUGAUACCUUAAAGGAAAUGGGAAGAUUAAUUUCCAAUGAAUGUAAAGGAUUGCCGGUUGCCAUUGCAGCUGUUGCUUCUAGUUUGAAGGGAAAAGUUGAGACAGUAUGGAGUGUUGCAUUGAAUAAAUUGAGACAUUCUAAGCCAAUAAAUAUUGAAAGAGGUUUGACUGACCCCUACCAGUGCUUGCAGUUGAGCUAUGACAAUUUGGAUGAUAAAGACGCUAAAUCACUUUUCCUAUUGUGCUCAGUGUAUCCUCAAGGUUCAGAAAUCCCAGUAGAACAUUUAACAAGAUAUGCAAUAGGAUUAGGUGUAGUUGGAGAAGUUGACUCAUAUGAAGAGGGAAGGAGUGAAGUGAUUGCAGCUAAAAUUAAGCUUGUUAGUUGUUGUUUAUUGUUGGAUGCAGAUGAUGAAUGUGUCAAGAUGCAUGACUUAGUUCAUGAUGUGGCCCACAUAAUAGCAAAAAAUGAGAAUAAGAUGAUCAAGUGUGAAAUGGAGAAAAAUGUUAGAGUGGGACAAAAUUCUGUAAGAUAUCUAUGGUGUGUGAAAUUUCCAAAUGAUUUGGAUUGCUCCAAUCUUGAGUUUUUAUACUUAGAGACAAAGAUGAAAGAAUUUGAUGGGAUUUUCAAAAGAAUGGGAACGCUCAAAGUUUUGAUUCUUGUCAACGAUGAGGAUGGAAAAACUCCAUUGUCAACACUAUCUUUCAAAACAUUAACAAACCUUAGUUGUCUAUUCAUUUAUAGUUUUGAAUUGAGCGACUUCUCAUUUUUAAGCGGUAUGAAGAAUCUUCAAAGUCUCUCGUUAUAUUAUUGUUUACUGCCUUCAUUUCCUGAAUUACAAACCGAUGUAACAGCCUUGAAAUUGUUAGAGUUGAAUGAAUGUGACAUUAAAGUGAAGAAUUUUGAAGGGAUGAAGAGAAUCCCGCUUUUGGAAGAGUUGUACAUUAUUGAAGGAGAAUGGGAUGCUAACAGUGAAGAUAAUAUUGAAUUCUUUAAGACGUUUAGCUUUCCCGAAACACUGCAAAGGUAUGGAAUUGUAUUAGGGUCUGAUAACUUUUAUAAUUUUAAUGAUGGAGAUAUUUACAUUCAUGGAAGAACUUUAUUACUUAACCAUUUUGACAUAUCAAAUGAGGUAAUAAAGGGUUUGGCAAAAAAAGCAAAGGAUCUAUUUGUACGAAAUAUUCAUGGAGGUGCAAAAAAUAUGAUCCCGGAUAUAUUUGAAAUUGAAGGAGGAGGUUUGAAUGAGCUGAAUAAGUUGGAGAUACGUUAUUCUAAAGAGUUAGAAUGUUUGAUUGACACUAGUAGUCACUCGAGUGAGGUGGUAACUCUCUUCUCCAACUUAGAGAAGUUGGAUUUAAGUAAUUGUCGACGGUUGAAAUUUCUCUUCACAUAUGUGGUUGCUCAAAAUUUGGUACAAUUGAAAAUAUUAAAAAUAUCAAGAUGUCGUAAACUGGAGCAUAUAUUAACAUAUGAUGAGAAAAGUCAAGAUGAAUUCACCAGCGGGCAUCCUGUACAAAUCUUCCAGAAUCUGGAAGAUGUAAAGAUAAAAAGGUGUCGAGAACUAAAACAUAUAUUCCCAGCCAACAUUGUUGGAGGCUUAACUCAAUUGAAAGUGCUCAAGAUAGAAAGAUGUGAGAAGCUAGAACAAAUAAUUGGAGAUAUUGUUCCAUCAACAGAGCAGGAUAGAAAAGAAGAACUUGAUGAAAUCGUUGAGGAAGGAAAGCUUCCACAUUUAUAUAACACUUCAUUUCCAACAACAACAUUUGUGAAGCAAAGCCCAGGAACUCUAUCCAGCCUUGGAAGGCUUAAGAUAAAAUGUUGUGGGAAGUUAGGUUCAAUUUUUACAGCAUCGAUAGCUAAGACCUUGACUUCUUUGGAAGAAUUGUUCAUAGAAGACUGCGAAAGUUUGAAGGAUAUAGUAACUCACGAAAGCAUUUUUGAGGAUGACUAUGAUUGUCAGAGUGAUAUUUCAAUCUUCCAAAGUUUGAAAAAGCUACAUAUCAGUGAAUGUGACUUAUUGGAGGGUAUAUUCCCUGUUUCUUUAGUUGGAGAAUUGAAUGAUAUAACAAAUAAAGAGGCUGCUGAUUUGAAAGACAUCUCUAGUCGAAAUAAUACUCAAAUCGAGCUUCCUGCUUUACAAGUACUUGAACUUGAUCUUAUUCGGAACAGAACCAUUGUUGGUAGUUAUGAUGUGAUAUGUCCAUCUUUAAGAACACUAUCAUUGGAUAUUGGGAGAUAUGUUGGGUUUUUCAACAUAAAUUUUUCAACUGAUGCUUCAGAAGCUACAAAAAGGGAUUUUAUUGCAAUCAAGAUAUCGAACUCAGAUUUUGAUCCGCCGAUUGGAAGUGUUGAAUGUCUUUCAAAACAGCCACAUGGUUUGAACUUGAUUAUGACACAAAAUAUUAGAGAGAUUGAACUGAAAGGCUUUGAUAGUGCAAAGUACCUUUUUAAACUGUCCAAUGUUUCAUCAUUGAUGAUGUUGGAAAUUUUGAUAAUUAAGGAAUGUGAUGGACUUGAGUACAUUAUAGACACUGAUGAUGAAUAUGGCAAAGAGAAUAUGAAAGCUAUCUUUCCUAACUUAAAACAACUCUCAGUGAUUAAUUGUUCUCAAUUGAAAUAUAUUAUUGGCCAACAUCACGUAGCUAAUAAGGAUUAUAAGGAGAUUUAUAUUCAAUUCUCAGCAUUGGAAAUACUCUAUCUUUGGAAUCUACCAAACUUUGUUAGCAUUUGUUCUACCAACACUAUCAGUGUGACGUGGCCAUCUUUGAAGGUCUUUGAGAGUUACAGUUGUUUGUAUCCAUUGUAUGGUUCUGUUAGUUGUUUGACGAUUCCUACAAAUUCAAGAGAGCCUAUUAUCACAAGUACGAAGGAUCCGAAAGGGAUUCAGAACCAUCUCCUCACUUUGCAAACUCUAAAUAUAGCGUAUUCUGAUGCAGAACAUAUUUUUUGUCUUAAUGAAGAUGAAAUGAUUGGCCAACAAGUGAGUUUAAGGUUAGAGAACUUGGGGUUACAAUUUCUAUCUCAAAUGACUUAUAUUUGGGUGGCUCCCAACAACUCACUUACUCUCCAACAUCUUACCACAUUAACAAUAUGGGAAUGUGAAAAGUUGGAAGUAAUCUUUCCAAAGUCUGUUGUAAGAUUCUUACCACAGUUGAAGCUUUUGAAGAUAAUGAAAUGCAAAGAAUUAAGACAAAUCAUUGAAAUGGAUAAAAAAUUUUCUACUGUUGUUUCUCCUCAGCCAUGCUUCCCAAAACUAGAAGCAUUGCAUGUUGAUGAUUGUCACAAGUUGAAAAGAUUAUUCUCUGGAUCUUCUUCUAAUGACCUUCCCAAUCUUCUUCUUCUGGCCAUAAAUGGAGCCAAUGAACUAGAAGAGCUUGUUGGAUGUAAACAAGAAAAGAUUAAAAUUGAGCUUCCAAGACUCAAACUUUUAAUAUUUAUGCAUCUUCCAAACCUCAGUCAAGAGAUUGAAUUGCAUAAUUUAAAGAAUUGUAUUGUCUACAAAUGUCCAAAACUCUCUUUGACUUCAACAACUACUCUUCAGAAGCUCCGUGAAGAUUUUCCUUAUGAAGAAGAUUUCAUAAACGCUGAAGUUGGUAGUUGGGAAUUUGAAGCCAUAGUAAGAUCCAUAGACGAUAAGUUCAUUUCAUCACAGGACAUUGAGGACUUAGGAAAUAAGAGCAUUAAAUCUUCAUCCACUGGAGUUGAAGACACUGGCAUUGAAGAUGCUGUUGCAACUCACAUUGAUUCCAAGGUAGUUGAACAAGACGAUAAGGUGACUGAAGGCAAGCCAGGAAUAGUGGCAAGCCAAGGAAUCCAAGUACAAGAACGGUUGAACCUUUUGCAUAAACAAGAGGGAAUAGAUUUUGUUCCUAACAACAACAUUGACAUUUCUUCAGCUUCUUCUGCAGAUAUCCGUACAAGAUUAGGAGCAUAUAAACAUUUUGUUGAUCUGGAUGAUACACAGAUUUCUCUUCUGGUGGAGGCAAUAACAACAUAUCCUCAUCUCUGGAAUGCUUCCAAGAAGUUUAGUGAGCGCUUUCAAGCUUGGAGGUUGAAAAUUUUGGCAGAUAUGUUGUUGUUCCUUCAGAUGGAAAGUGUCCACAGUGUUAUUCCUCAAAAAGAAAAAGAGUUCUAUAAACUAUGUGAAGAAGCUAUUUUAGUUGGAUUUGAGAGUUCAUGGGUAGAGGAAAUGCGUCAACGUGUUGUGGCGAGGGAUCCUAAGCUGGGAGAGGACAUUGCACGGAGACAAAUAGAUGAGAAUUCUAAGAGCAAUUUAAGCUUGUUAAACAGGUAUAGUAGUGGGGACAUGAUAGAAUAUUCCCAGGCUGUUGAAGAAGGUGAUGGGCCAAAGAUUAGCUUGGAAGAAGGUUCUGACUUGGUUGAUAAAGAAGGUGAAAUAGGUGUUGUUUCUAAUGACCACAUUGUUGCUCUGAGAAAUGAAGAAGCAGAGCAGGAAUUUGUUGCAGAAGUUUUCACUUCAGAAAUACCAAGAAUAGGAACAUCAUUAACAAACUCGCAAACAGUUGAAAAGCCAACACCCUCAUGUCCAUUGGUGGACACACAGCAGACUGGUGAACAGUGUCAGAUGAAGCAGAAAAAACCAGUUGGUGAAAUUCCUAAGAGUAUUGAGCAAGUUGCUUUAGAGGAAACCAUAGCAAAGAACACCAAUAUGGCAGCUUCAUCAAUUCUUUCCGAAUCCGCCACCUCUAAGUUGGAUCCAACAGUUACUUUACAACGUAAAUCACAUCUACAUAGUGAAAUUAGGAGCAGCCAAAUUGAGGCACGUAUUACUAAAGAAAGUGAAAGUCAUCCUGAACUCAUUCAAGACUUUGGGGGCAAUGAUAUGAUACCAAUUGCUUUGGGGAAAGAGGGUGAAGAUAAUAUAGUUGUAAAGACCCUUGUUGAGCUUGAAAACUAUCUCAAGAUGUCUCUCAAGGACAUAGUUGGUUCUGAGACUAACACCCUCCGUCUUUUUUCUACCCUUAAUUUUCUGUCCAACCUUCCUUUCAAAGAUGUCACUCUAUCAGAUAGACUCAAACAUAUUAUAAAGACUAUGCACCAACACUUCCCAACCAUUCUAUGCUCCUUUAAGCAACGCUUUGUUACCACUGACAAGUUGGAAGAACUUGAAGCUCGUCAAAAUGAGGUUGCCAUUAAAAUUUCUGAGGCAAAGAAUUUCAAUGAUGAAGCUCAACUGAAGGAAGUGGUUUUGAAAGAACAAAUCAAUAGGUUGAAGGAAGAAAUAAAAGUUUGUGAGACUGCCUUAUCAUCUCUGGAUGAGGGAAAAGAUAAAUGCAUUGCGGAAACAAUAAGGUACAAAAUGGAGCUUGAAAAUGUGAGAAAAAGCAAAUCUCAAAUGGUGGAAGAUCAAAGAAAAGUUGAGCAAGAAUUGUUUGAAGUGGCUUAUAAAUGGUCAGUUCUCUGUAGUGAAUAUGAGCUCGAUCGCAUGGUUGCAAGGAAUCCUUCAUGAGGACUUUCGUUGUUCAUUGUUAUCAAUACUUCCAACUAUAGUAUAAUGUUGAGACUUCCAACUUUUUCACGUAGCUUGGUGUCAUGAAUAAAUUUAACGUAGGUUUGUUACCUUGUUUGUUGUGUAAGAGGCUUCUCUUGGUGAGACAAAUACAAAGCAUGUGUUAUGAAAAACCAAA